GGGAGAUGCUCUCGUCGCAAGAGAAAACAAGCAGAGCAGCAGAAACAUAAAAUCCCAGAAUCGAGGCCUAUCGUGACAGUUAACUGGUGUUAGAAUGGAUGACGACUGCAAUGGCCGUCCCUACAUGUCAGCAGGCAGUGGAGACUCUUCGAUGGAGAGGGAGUUUUCAGGGGCCCUUGGAGGCCCCACAGUGAGCACCCCCAACAGCCAGCACACUUCUCCCAGCCGCUCUCUUAGUGCCAACUCCAUCAAAGUGGAGCUGUACAGUGAUGAGGAGCCGGGCCGCGGCACGGGGCCAGAGGAUGAGAGAGGGGACAGGGUGGAGGAGGGGGGUUCUGAGCAGGGAGGAGAGGCCGGAGGAGGGGGCUACAGGGAGCUGGCCAGUCCAGAGCCCAUGUCACCAGGAGGUGCCAUCCGGCUGCCCAACGGAAAACUCAAGUGUGACAUCUGUGGGAUGAUCUGCAUUGGGCCCAACGUCCUCAUGGUGCACAAACGCAGCCACACAGGUGAGCGGCCAUUCCAGUGUAAUCAGUGUGGGGCCUCUUUCACCCAGAAGGGGAACCUGCUGCGUCACAUUAAGCUGCACUCGGGGGAGAAGCCUUUUAAAUGUCCCUUCUGCAGCUACGCAUGCCGCAGACGGGACGCUCUUACAGGCCACCUCCGCACUCACUCGGUAUCGUCUCCCACAGUGGGGAAGCCCUAUAAGUGUAGUUACUGUGGCCGCAGCUACAAGCAGCAGAGCACCCUGGAAGAGCACCGUGAACGCUGCCACAGCUACCUGCAGAGCCUGGAGACACAGCAGCCAGCCAGCGCUCACACUCAAGAAGAGGAGCUGAGGGACCUGGAGUUCAUGCCUGACAACUUGCUGCAACCUUCCUCAGACAAGAUGGCGUUCAUCGAUCGGCUAGCCCACAGCAUCACCAAACGCAAGAGAUCCACACCACAGAAAUUUGUAGGACAGAAGCACAUGCGCCUCAGUCUGGCCGACACGCCUUACGAGCUCAGAACCGCCUUCGACAAAGACGGGGUUACGCACCACGGUGGUCUGGAGCAGCCACACUACACUAGCCUGGGAGGAGGGUACCUGGGGGGACAGGGAGUUGGAAGUGGUGGUGGAUCUGAAGGCCUCCGACCCCUACGCUUGCCUCUCCCUCACCCCUCUUGCCUGUCGGAGCUCCGGCCGGUCAUCAGUUCGGCUCACACCCCCAUGGCUACGCUGGGGCCGAGGCUAGACUGCACUGGGGCCGGGGCUGGCCUAGGGUCCACGGGUGUGGGGGGCAGGGAGGCUGCAGAGGGCCACGAGGACCUGCCCCCUGGACGCAGCCACGGCCCAUCACCUAGCAACGGUUGCCAGGACUCCACGGACACAGAGAGCAUGCCGGAUGAAGUGUUUAGCAGUGUAGCGCCUGCCCUGCCGCUCCACAACAACCACAAUCACCACAACCUCCACCACCUCCACUCCAACCACCACCCUCCCCCUCCACCCCUACUGCACCACAGGGGCAUGGACAGCCCAAGCCAUGCCAAAGACAGGGAUGGAGAGAGGGACAGGGAGGAGGGUGGCCACCCUGCUUUCCCCCCUCCCCCUGCCCUGGCCCCAGGCUCCCCCACCUCAAGGCAGGCGUUUCGGGUGGUGGAUGGAGAGGGGCACACAGUGCGCUCUUUCCGCUGUGAGCACUGCCGUGUGCUCUUCCUGGACCACGUUAUGUUCACAAUCCACAUGGGCUGCCACGGCUUCCGCCAGCCCUUUGAGUGCAACAUCUGUGGCCACCGCAGCCAGGACCGCUAUGAGUUCUCCUCCCACAUUGUCCGCGGAGAGCACCUGCCAGGCUGAGGCUGGCUGGAUGGGCCUCUGUACUUAGGGCUGUUUUUACUCUGAGAGAAGGGCCUGCUUGGGUUUGGUCUGCACUGCAUCACAAGAGGGGGUAGAAGGGGAAGGGUAGUAAAAAAAAAACACAAAAAAAACUGCUUUUUGUAAAUGAUUUGUACACAAGCAUUGAUACUGAUAUCACAUAAACCUCAACUUCAAAUAGGCACACUAGAAUGGCUCAAUUGCGUCACCUAAAAAAAAAAGGGAGAAUCUUCACUACUCUGAAUACACUUUUCAAAAUGUAUGAAUUCUUGCCAGAAAAUGCUAAGAUGAAGAGUAAAUGCACUUUUCUAUCCUCAGAAGUGCCUUUCUCUGGUGUGGUCUGUCUACCUUUCCUCUCUUAUCCGGGUAAAAAACCGGGCGCACAAAACAGUGAUGCUAUUAGCUGUUCCACUGGAUGUCAGAAGGUGAAUUCACCAAUUUGUAAGUCGCUCUGGAUAAGAGCGUCUGCUAAAUGACUUAAAUGUAAAUGUAAAUGUAGACGAUGUGAUUUAUAUCGGACUUUGUUUUCCUCUACUGCACUUUAAUCAAGAUUUUAUCAAAAAUUUAUAAUGCAAGAAAACAAACAAACAGUUGUCAAUGUGCACUUCGUUGUGCUUGCAAGCUGUAGUCAGACAUCAGUAGUCGUCUUUAGAUGCCAUUAGGCUUCCUCGGAAUUUGUCCGUUUAACAAAGCCCUAUUUGAAAAGCACUUUUAAAAAAUCCAUUCCAUUCCCUAACAUGCUUAGUCCUUGGUGGUGUGGCAGACAGACAGUGUUGUGUAAGAUUGUGUAUUUGAUGUAUAGUAGGUCAUGUAUUUUAAUAACAGUUGCGGUGCAGGCCAGGCCCAGGAUCCCAAGUCAAAUAGUAAGAAGGAUUUGAGGGGUUGGCCUCAAAUGAGUGCACUUUCCAAUUUCAGUUUGUGUGUGUGUCUGUUGGUUCUUUUGGAAGUUUAGUAAGUUAAAUGAGAGCGAGUUGAAGGCUAUCAGUGUGAAUGUUGUGGGGUGGAAUGGGGUACAGUAUGUUUGUUUUGUUUAAUUUGAUUGCUUUUGUUGCACUGAGAUAUACUUAUAUUAAACUAUUUUAUAGAGGUUAUUUAUGGCCUGCACAUUUCUCUGUGCAGUGUGUUGAAAGAAAUAAAUAUUUUUUUUAAUUCAUCUCCACAAAAGGAGAGCCACUGCCACUAUUUUGGAGUUGACUUCAACAAAGGGUGGAGAUUGUUGGCAAUUUUAGAAGGUCCCUGAUAUCCCAAUGUGUUGCUUACUAUGAAACAAACCAAAACCAAUAUUAUUUAUUUAAGUGAGACUUAAAACAAUUGUUGUAUAUUCAUUGUAUUGUGCCUUUCAUGACAUUGACCUUGCUGACAAUUCUUGCCAAUAUACAUGUUUCCACCCACAAAGAUAUCAUUGACGUUACAUGAAAUAUCCCAGCUGGCCCUGCUAAAUGCCCAAGCUGAAUCCAAAAUUUCCCUCUACUAAUCACACAUUUUAAUUUGCAGUCACUAAUUUCUCAAGUGGCCUAAUGUAGAUAUAAAUUGUAUAACCUCAUCCCAAAAGGAAAGAGACAAAGACAUGUUAAAAAAGAGAAUAACUUUUCAUAUAUGAAAGGUUUAGAAAUAAGUACAUGUGCAUGAGAUUGUUUGUCACCUGCUGCUAAGGCAUGAAUGUGUGUGUGUGUGGUGUGUGUGUGAGACCACAGUUGUCGGUGGUUAAGAUUGAGAAGGUGAUUCUUCAGAAGUGACUUUGAAAUGCUUAUUUUCGUUCAAUGAUUUUCUUUCUCAUCGGACUUGUAAUUGUUGUUUUUAUAGAGAGCACUGACGUUGGUAAACAUUUUCCUUGGAAUCAGGAAGCAUUCUGAUCCCUUCAGGCAACUUUGCCAAGGGAAUGUGAUGAAUACACAAUUUUUGAAUGAAAAGAAACAGUUUGGGCAGUUGUGGACCUACUCUUUUACCCAAUCUCUUAGUCUUCAUAUUGAAUGAACUUGGAAGCCUGUAGGAUUUAUAGUUCUUGAUUAGGGCCCAGAGUUUCCCAUGGUCAAUCAAAACUCCUGGCCCUACUUAUGACACAGAUUAAGUAUGAGAGACAGGAAAAUCUGCUGUGGCUGUGGGAUUUUUUUUAUUUUUAAUAAAUGUGAAACUCUUUACCUCAAAUGAUAAUUGCCUCUGUCGGGAGUAUGGGUUUGGUGAUGUUUGAAUUUUUCUGUGGUUAAUUUGAAAGUUUUUAAGUUGGUUUUGGCAGCCCUGUAUCUUCACUUCAUUUAAUAUUUAAUUAAUCUUACAAAAAAGGAAUGUGCUUUGAAGUGGACUGUAUACAAGAAAAUGCCUCAUCCCAAUGUCAGAAAAGACACAAUCUUCUAAAACAAUUACAUAGCACUGAAAUUGUACUGAAUUACAGGGCAUAGUUGCAUUAAACUUAAUCUGUAAUGCUGUUCUAAACGUAAUGCCUUAUGAACGGAUAUGUAAUUACUGUUCAAAGUAGAGAAAUUAUAUCUAAUGUAAUCCGAAAUGGUUGGAUUAUUGAAUUGACGUGGAAGUUCUGCAUUGACCGUUUGACGGCAGAUCAUGGAAGAGCAGGUUUAGGUGUCUCCAGAUGUGUUUCUGUGUGUAAAUCUUGCUAUUGUGCCUUUGCCCCCUGCGCCCCCUCCCUCCCCCUCUUAGGUUUUCACUGUUUGAUGUUGGCUACAUCAGAUUUGAGGACAGAACACUUGGCCAUGGGUCUUGAAAGCUCAAUAAACGGUAACACAAAUUGAUGUCAUAUGCUAGGUUUCCAUCAAAUUGGUGAAAGAUUUUAAUGUGAAUAUUCAAACAUCCGCAUAAAGAAAAUGUGAAUUUACCCGCCAGUGGUACGUUUCCACCAAACUGAUUUAUUGCAGAUAUAAAUCCGUGCGUGAUGACGUAGUGCACAAUGUACUUUUUCGCUUAAGUUUAUGUACCGAAUAAAAAAAUCUAAUGUUCAAUGUGUUUCCAUCGCAUUUUCAAUUCUACUGAUAGUUUUAUCACAAACUGUUACAUUAAAUAGCAAAUGUGCUUAUUCUGGUCUUAGCACUUGCGCCCUAGCCAACACCUUGCAGUUCAGGUAGGUUAGUCUACAAACAUGAGAUUAUUAUGAUUUAAGAGUUACAAUAUUUGUGUUUGUCAAGCAUCGAUCAUGUCACCAGAAUAAGACCCUCAAGCUCAUACCGUGCACUUCCACCACCCUGUGAAGUUCAGAACUUAUUUCAUCUGUAACCUAAUAAACUGCAUGGUUUCCAGAGUCGUAGUGGGAGGACCACACACCGUGUCAUCACGUGACUCCCAAGUUUACUUCGAUAUGAUAGUUAUAUCAAUAUUUGCGCAUAAAGGUGUUUCCACUGCCAUUUCUCGCAUACAAUUUACCAACACAAAAAGAUCCCACCAUGUCAAAAUAACAAAUUCUGUCGCCAAUUUAUAAAAUUGUACUGAAACUUGUUUCCAUCACAGCUGUUGUGAUUUGUCUUUAUACGGUAUGACUUUACUCACAUAACUGGAUGGAAAUGUGGUUAGAUACAUUUGGAAUGUUUUUUUGUUUGUUAAUUAUCAGUGUUAAUUCCAGCCAUUUCACAUCAGUCAACUAGUUACACAGGCAGCCCAAUCAAACCAAUCAAAAGACCAAAUAGUGUUAAGAUCAGAAUAGGGCUGCCUGUGUAAAUGCAGCCUAUGGGAGAAUCUUAAUUGCAUACUCCUCCCGUCCUCCUCAAAAUCCAUUGGAGGAGAAGGUCAGAGGGGCGGGACCUCUGGCUUUCUCAUCCAAUGGGUUAUGAGUAGAGAGAAUGCAAGAAGUAAGCAAACUUGAGGUUCUCCCAGUGACAAUGGUGGGGGGUUCGAUUUAAUUGUGCCUGUGCAGGCAUGUUUUGCACCGGCUGAAAGUUGACUACAUUCGAUUUGGAACCGGGCUGCCUCUCUGGCAUGAGCCAAGUGUCCCAACCUGUCCGAUUGCAAAGUCGGCUCAAAACAAAAGUUACGUAAUUAAGCAGGUAAAGUAACGAGAAGGAUUCUAUGUUUUCACAUGCGAAAGGGAUUGCUUUUGAUAAUGCUUUGUCCACCUUACCAAUGAACUAGUUUGACAAUUUUGAAAAUGUAUUUUUUGGAAAAGAGCUGUACGAUGCACCCUGGCCAGCGUAAUAACACUCCUCAUUGACUGUCAUUCCACAAAUCAGGCUGAUGGCACAAAACUCUGUAGCUUGUAGUUGACUCAUCUCACAGUUUUAGCUUUAAUUUAAAAUGUGCCUAGGACUUUACUCAGAUCUGUGAAUUAUGAUGCAAAAACAUCUUUGUUCUGUAAACCAAAUGGCAUGUACAGUUUUUGAACGGAGCUAUAUUAAAAAGCUUAACUGAAUUUAUAGCAGAUAUGUCUGGGCUUUGGUAAUAGUGUGAAAAGGCAAAUUCAGUGAACCUAACUCGACAAGGGUAAUUGGACAGGAUGUAUCUCAUACUUGCCCUGGCUGUGACCAGUACAGUUUCUUUCACAUGAAAUCCAUUUAGGACAGAAGUUCAGCAGAAAAUCCCUGCGAAGGUAAUCCUGGAUUUGAUUAUUUGGAUUACAGUUAUGCUUUUAAAACCUGGUGCAUGAGGUAACAAUGCUGUUUGCAACACUCUCCUUAUUCAGCUUUCUCCAAAUAGUCUUGAGGAUAAAUGAUUCAAGCUUAUUUUGUAUUUCUCCUUAACAGCCACCCCAGCUUCAGAGAGAACAUUUUAUUACUGACGUGCUCUUGUUUUUGUGGUUGCAUUUUGCCCUUGUUUGAAUGUUUUAUUUUUCAAGGUUUCUCUAUUGCACUGUGUUUGUGUUCCCUUUGACUUGACUAUCUGCUCUGUCACCUUUUCUCCUCCUGCCCCUGUGAGUGGUGUGGAUUCGCUUUAACUAAUGCAGAGCCUUUUUACAUGUACCAUAAUGUAAUUAAGUAUGUGUAAUCAAGAUUAAAACUACUGUAAGUUUUGUACUGUAUUGGAGAGUCUAUUCCAAAUAAAUAAACUUUACUUGG